AUGAUUUCUCCAGAGUCAUCGACUGAAAGUUUUGUCGGGAGAGAAUUUAGAGAAGUUGAUGGCGAAAUUGCCCUCAAGGAAUUGCCAGAGAGAGAAGAACCUAUUCUGACACUCACUUUUUCGGAGCGUUUAAAACAUUUUACUUAUGCUUGGUAUGCAUGUACAAUGUCAACAGGAGGAGUAGCUUUCACUCUCUCGGUUAUCCCUAUCGAGUCGGAUGCAAUCAACACACUAGGCAAAGCCAUUUUCGUCAUCAACAUCAUGGUAUUUUUGGCCAUCACCGCACUCAUGAUCGCUCGUUUUAUAAUUCACCCCGGAACGUUUAAACAUUCAUUCACGAAUCCGCAUGAAGGAUUCUUUUUUGCUACCGGGUGGCUCACUUUAGCCACAAUGAUGACGAACACUACAGCAUACGGUAUUCCAAACACUGGCCCGUGGAUCAUCGGUGCUCUUCGAUGGGCUUUCUGGAUCUAUACAGCUUGCGCCACGCUUCUCGCCAUCGUUUACUACCACGUCCUCUUUACAGUAAAGAAACUCGUCAUUACCAAUGUUCUACCUGGUUGGGUUCUUCCAAUCUUCCCUGCCAUGUUGGUCGGUACUCUUGCAUCCGCCAUCGCCAAAACACAACCUGUAGAAUCUGCGGCACAAAUGUUGGUGGCCGGUCUCACAUUUCAAGGUCUUGGAAUGAUCGUGGCCAUCAUGAUGUAUGGAAUUUAUUUCGGUCGUCUUCUUACUUCUGGACUUCCUGCCGAUGCAUCUCGACCUGCUAUGUUCAUUGCAGUUGGACCACCAUCUUUCACAGCUCUUGCACUUAUUGGUAUGGCUCAAGAUGCGACAGUUACGAAAGUCUUUACCGAAUACUACAAGCUCCCAGGCAUUACCAACCCAGAUGCAAUUCCAGACAUGUUACAACUCGGUGCUCUCCUAUCAGCAAUCUUCCUUUGGGCUCUUGCAUUUUGGUUCUUCGCCAUCGCAACUUUUGCAGCAAUUGAAGCAUUUUCCAGGAAUGAUUUCCAUCUAAACUGGUAUGCAUAUGUAUUCCCAAAUGUGGGAUUUACCAUCGCAACCAUCAAGAUUGGAGAAAGAUUGGACAGUCCACCAAUACAGGGAGUAGGAACAGGAAUGGGAGUUGUCUUAUUCGUGUUAUGGCUGUUGAUUGUAUUCGGUCAUAUUAAAGCCGUUUCACAAAAGAAGAUAAUGUGGCCAGGGAAGGAUGAGGAUGCUCAUUGA